UUAUCCAAUCGGAUUUUUAUCAAACUCCUGUUUCUAUCUUUUGCUUUGUUUACGUUUCAUGGCAUCGGUAAUUUGCGGAUUAUAAUAAAUGUAUUGUUGAAAAGCAUAGAAUGAAAUCUUAGUAACAUUCUACGAUUUUGAAAAAUUAAAUGGCUUCUAUAGAAAAAGUUAAAAUAUUAGUUGUAGGUGACUCUGGUGUAGGAAAAUCAUCAUUAGUGCAUCUUAUUGCACAUUCUGAAGCUAUUAAUAACCCAUCAUGGACUAUUGGAAGUUCUGUAGAAGUAAAGCUGCAUGAAUAUAAAGAGGGGACUCCAUUUCAGAAAACUUACUUUAUAGAGAUGUGGGAUGUUGGUGGGUCAAACAGCCACCAAAACACUAGGCAUAUUUUUUACAAUUCUUACCAUGGUGUUAUUUUAGUUCAUGACUUAACAAAUAGAAAAUCAAAACAAAAUCUUAGGAAGUGGCUUGCUGAAGUUCUAUCUAAAGAUAAUCCAGGAAAGAAAAAUAAUGGUUGGUAUAAUUACGAUUCUGAGCAGUUCAUUGAUAAUCCUGUUCCAGUUCUUGUAAUUGGUACAAAACAAGAUCUUGCAAUGGAAGUCUAUCCUCCUGGAAGAACUAAACGAACUGCAUCGAUUGCAGAAGAAUGUGGUGCUGAUGAAAUUUAUGUGGAUUGCAGGCAGACUCGUUCAUUUGCACCAGGAUCUAGCAAUGCUGUGAAACUCAGUCGAUAUUUUGAUAAGGUUAUUGAAAAGAAAUAUCAGGGUCAAGGUGGUGGUUUUGUGUCUUCAGCCAUAGACAGAAGGCGAUUAGCAUCAUAUUCCAACAAACAAUCUCAUGUAGAUUAAUAUAUUUAUUAACUGUGUAUAAAAAGAAAUCUUGUGUGGUAUAUAUGUAUUCUAUGAAACAAAUAUUUUAUAAUCAAACAAUUUAUAACGAAUUUAUAUUUAUUAAAAUAGUGCAUUAUUAAAUUUGUUAUUAAAUAUU